AUGGAGGAAAGUUUUACGGCCGAAUUUCUGUCGCCGCUGAACGAAGAACCACCCUCAGCAGCUGUAGCCGGUGUUCUCAUCAUGAACCAACAGCAACAGCAGCAGCCACAGCAGCCGCCGCUGCAACAUCAGCCGCAGCAGCACCAACCAGAGCAGAUCAAACAACCGGCAAAUGCUGCUAGAUCGACGCAGCAGGUAUAUCGCUGUGAAGCGUGUAACAAAACGGUCAGUUCAAGCCGAAGUUUGAAACGUCAUCGUGGAACAUGCAGGCAAUACAACAUCGAAUAUGGACAUUUGAAUCAAACGAGCAGUACUAAUGCACAG